GGUGCACACUUUGGCUGAGGAAAAAUCUCUGAAAAUCAUGAGAGUCAUAUGGAUGAUCUUUGCGCUGCUACUAAAUAUUCUGCAGUGCAUGGCAUCAGACGAUUCACCAUUCAAGCUUAACAACAAAGCUGGUUUUUGCUUGGUUAAACAUGAUUCUAUUUGCCAAGAAAUACGCUGGACAACUGCUGAACGAUUGCUGGUACCUGGGAAAAAUAAAUGCCUGGGAGUCGAGGGAGACACUGUGGGGAGCAAAGUAACCUUUUAUGACUGUGAUGAAACAAGUAAAUACCAAAAGUGGGAAUGUAAGAAUGAAACGCUGCUCGCCCUCCAAGGCCAGGAGCUUUAUGUUGAGCUCAAAGCUGACAGUACAGCCGUACUAUCGAGAGCAACUGGACCCAACUCUCAGCUCACAAUCUCAGGGACUCACAGUGGACCAUGCACUAGAACACAUAGAGAACUUUUCACUAUUGAAGGAAAUGCCGCAGGAAGGCCUUGCAUGUUCCCUUUCUAUUAUAAUAACCAGUGGUACUCAGACUGCACUUCAGAAGAGCGUCCUUGGUGUGCUGUUGAAACUAAAUACGAACAUGAGAUGUGGGGGUACUGCCCAACAAACACUAAGGACAAGUGGAUCAGACAUCCAACAAAUGGAGCAGUUUAUCAGCUGAACACAAACUCUGCUUUGACAUGGUGGGAGGCUGAAAAAAGUUGUAAGCAACAGAGUGCCUCCUUGCUCAGCAUCACAGAUCCUAAUGAGCAGGCUUAUAUCACAGCUUUACUCGAGCCAGGAGGUAUCCACCAAGGAUACAAACUUUGGACUGGGUUAACCUUGGAUUCUGAAAAUGGCUGGAAAUGGACCAAUGGGAGCCCAUUUCGUUACUUAAAUUGGGAUUCAGGACAUCCACUUACCAAUGCAGCAUUUAGCUGUGGGUUGAUGGAUGGUGCUUUAAGAUACUCAUGGCAAAGUUCAAAAUGCAACAAGAAACUGGGCUACAUUUGCUACAGUGAAGGAGUUCUACCUUCUCCAACUGAGGGUCUUGACAUGGGAUUCUGUUCAACACCAUGGAUUCCAUACAAUGGUCAUUGCUUCCGUCUUGACCGCACUGGAAAAAGCUGGUCUGAUGCUCAACAAACCUGUCGUAAGGAGGGAGGAGACUUAGCGAGUAUCCGAAACACAGAGGACCAGAGUUUUGUUAUCUCUCAGCUUGGAUAUGCCCCAACUGACGAGCUUUGGAUUGGACUUAAUGACAUAAAAAGAGAAAGGUUGUUUGACUGGACUGACCACAGCAAAGUUAGCUUCACCAGCUGGGAGUUUGGAAGACCAGCUGCUGCAUCAGAUCAUGAAGACUGUGUUCUGAUUAGGGGAGAGAGUGGAAACUGGGCUGAUCGGGACUGUAAGGAGAAACAUGGCUUUGUUUGUAUGAAAACCAGUGCUUCUGAACCCUCUGAAGAAGAAGGACAGCAGGAUACAGGGUGCAAAGUUGGUUGGAGAAGGUAUGGCUCCUACUGUUACUUCACCGGCACUCAGAGAAAGACAUUUGGAGAGGCAAAAGAAGACUGCCAGAGAUCAAACUCGUAUUUAACUGAUGUUUCAACCAGGGUGGACAACGCGUUUCUAGUCAGCUUGGUGGGUCUGAGACCGGAGAAACAUUUCUGGUUAGGGCUUUCAAACCAGAAAAACCAAGAAGUUUUUGAGUGGACCAAUGAGAGACCAGUCAGAUAUACUCACUGGAACAGUGAAAUGCCAGGCCACAACCAGGGUUGUGUCGCAAUGGCAACUGGUAGUUCUGCGGGCCUCUGGGAUGUUUUGUCUUGUGCCAAUAGAGAGAAGUACAUCUGUAAAUAUCUGGCAGAGGGGGCAAAUGAGACUCUUGCAACACCAACUGUUCCCUCUGUCCAGUGUGCAGCCGAAUGGACCAAAGUAAAAUCAAGACAAGUCUGCUAUAAGAUAUUUGAGACGGCAGAGGGUAAGACCUGGUUUGAGGCUCAGAAAUACUGCAGAGCAAUUGGAGGAGAUCUAAUAAGCUUCCACAGUGCUGCUGAGCAACAACUGGAGAGACAGGAGUACAGCAGAUAUAGCAACCUCUGGAUUGGACUCAGUGCCCCUGACCAGGACACUGGCUAUGUUUGGAGUGACGGUUCUCCAGUAAACUUUCAACACUGGCAAAGUGGAGAGCCAAACAACAAAAACAAAGUUGAAUCUUGUGUUGAAUUUUAUCAACGUCAUUGGGACCAAAGUGGAUCUUGGAAUGAUAAUCAAUGCGAGGGAUAUAAAGGCUGGAUUUGUCAGAUCCCUACAGGAGUCACUCCAAAGUCACCUCCACCCCCUCCGACCCCAGAUUAUAACCGUACCUCAGAUGGGUGGCUGGAAUGGAAUGGAAAUCAGUACUUUAUUGAAACAAAAACAAUGGCCAAUGAAGAUGCUCGACAAUCCUGCAAAGAGAAGCAUGGUGACCUUGUAACCAUUGACAGUGAAGCAGAGCGUAUUUUUCUGUGGAAACAGAUAUCCAAAAAGUGGGGUUCCUUUUGGAUUGGUCUGACGGUGGAUCUUGACAAAUCAUUUCAAUGGAUGGAUGGCUCUCCAGUCAUUUUUCAAAUGUGGGAUGUUGACGAACCCAGUUUCAAAAACUCUGAUGAAAACUGUGUUGUUAUGAGGACAUUCCAUGGGUUCUGGCAUGAUUAUAACUGUGGAUAUGAACAUAAAUCUAUUUGUAAGCGCAGUGGCUCACCUCAUGUCAAUGCUACUGUGGCCCCGACAAUGCCUAAAAAUGGCAGCUGCCAAACUGGUUGGAAAAAGAUGAACUAUAAGUGCUACAAGAUCAUAAAAAACCAAAACCUAACAUGGCAUGCAGCUAGGCAAGAAUGCCAAGACAUGAAUGGAAACCUGGCCUCCAUAUCCUCAAGACAUGAGCAAGUGUAUUUAAUGUCUGAAAUGGUCAGCACUCCAACUACAGACCUGUGGAUUGGUUUUCAUAAUUCCUACAAAGAGGGAUUUUUUUGGACUGAUGGACGGCCAAAGAAAUACAUCAACCUCAAAUUUCCUGAACGUUCUAGAUUUCCACCCCAUUUACGCUAUCGGGUACGAGAUCGAUAUACACUCUUACGUCACAGAGACCCUUUUAUGGACUAUGAAGAUCAGGAUGUAGAAUGCGCAGUGAUCAACACUAAUCCUUCACUUGGUAUUGGAAAAUGGAUACCCAAGUCAUGCAAUGACACCAAUGGAUUUGUAUGUCUAAAAGAUGUUGAACCAAAUCUACAGGAUCCCUCUGAACCAACAACCCUUGACGACUACUUCAAAAUAAUUAAUGACUCCAUCAAUCUUGUUCCUCAGCAAAUGAACUGGGAUGCAGCUCAGAAGAACUGUGAGGCUGAUGGUGCCAAGCUGGCUAGCAUUCGAACUGAGUGGACACAGGCCUACAUUGAGCUGCUGGCUUUGAAUCUCAAUCGUCCUCUAUGGAUUGGACUCAACAAAGCCCUGACUAAUAACUACUUCAGAUACACUGAAGGCUGGCCAAUGACAUCUGCAUACUGGGGUCCAAGAGAACCACGUAGAGAAGGAAAUUGUGUCUAUGUUGAUGUAGAUGGAAAAUGGAAAGCUGAUAACUGCAAUCGGAACAUAAGCAGCGUUUGCAUGAAGUCCACAGACACACCACCAAAAGAUGACACAAAGGACUAUCCCGGAAUUUGUCCAGAGGACCCAGAUCAAGGUACCUCUCUGCGGCGCAAUUUCUGGAAACCUUACAGAGGUUUCUGUUACUUAUUUUUCUCUGAUGAGAAAGAGUGGCCAGAUGCAUCUACCAGCUGUUUAGCACAUGGUGGAGUUCUUGCCAGCAUCGCAGACCCCCAUGAACAGGAAUUCAUACAAAGCAACAUUGGAACAUUUAAAGACACGCACACAUCAUACUGGAUCGGGCUAUUCAAAACUCAUAAAGGAGAAUGGCUGUGGUCGGAUAAAACAGUUAUGGAUUAUUCCAACUGGCAAAGUGGUCAACCUCGUGAUAAUCCCUAUGGUUCGAUUAGUGCAUCGGAUGGGUCCUGGUCUACAGGGCAUCGGUGGCAUGAUAAGGCAUACAUUUGCAAAACUGCUAAAGUAUUACCACCAGUGUCAUCAUCAGUACCAAGUGUUGACAAACCUCUUGAAGGUCGGGUUCACCCAGGUUUAAUAGCUGCGCUAGUCAUUGCUGGGACUGCAGUGGUAGCUGGCUUUGCCCUCUUCCUGUUCAAGAAGUCUGGCCGUCAUAUAGCACCCAUAUCACUCCCUGGAGGCUUAACUGCCUUUGACAACCCACUUUUUAGGAACACCGGGUUGCAGCCAGAUUUGGUAGAUCGUAAAAAACUGGUGGGGGAUGCAGAUGAAGAUAAUACUCAGCCUGUGAUAACUAUAUAAUUAAAGAAUAGAAAAAUAGUAAGAACAUACAUAACAAUAACAUGUAGCAUUGCUAAAACUGUUGCAAUUUCUGUAAAUGUUUUUAUGGAAA